AUGUCUGAUAACUACGGCAACUACCAAACGGAAAUCUACGGCAAGGGCGCCUUGAUGGACGUCCUGCCUGGCGUAACCACCGACCCCCGCUUACUAGAGGAGCAAGCUCGAAAGUCCCUAGGCAUUCGGGCAUUCAAUUAUGUCGCCGGUGGAGCAGGCGAGAGGGCCACAAUGGAUAGCAACCGGCUCGCGUUCCGGCAGUGGAAGCUAAUCCCACGCAUGAUGCGAAAUACACCCGAGCAAGACGUAUCGAUCGAGCUCUUCGGCCAGAAAUACGAUAAUCCCUUGAUCGUAGCGCCGGUCGGUGUCCAGGGUAUCUUCCACGAUGACAAGGAGACCGGGCUUGCAGAGGUAUGUGCCGAGGUUGGGGUACCGUAUACGUUGAGCACCGCGAGUACGAGCUCGAUCGAAGAUGUUGCGACCGCCAACGGGGACGGGAAGCGAUGGUAUCAACUGUAUUGGCCGAAGGACAAUGACAUCACGCUGUCGCUACUCAAGCGCGCGAAAGAGAAUGGGUUCUCGGUUCUGGUUGUUACCUUGGACACCUGGUCACUGGCGUGGCGACCGGCUGAUUUGGACAAUGCCUAUGUUCCCUUUAUCAAGGGGGUAGGGAACCAGGUCGGGUUUAGCGAUCCCGUAUUCCGUGCGAAGUACGAGAAGGAGAGUGGCUCGAAGAUUGAGGAGGAUAUCGUUGGUGCAUCGCGUGCGUGGGUCGGUGGCAUCUUUGCUGGAAGUCCUCAUUCGUGGGAGGAUUUGGCUUUCUUGCGAGAGAAUUGGGACGGGCCGAUUGUGUUGAAGGGCAUUCAGCAUGUGGAGGAUGCGAGACUGGCAUUGAAGGCUGGGUGUGACGGAAUUGUGGUAUCAAAUCAUGGUGGUCGCCAAGUGGAUGGUGCCAUUGGCUCUCUGGAUGUUCUCCCGGAGAUCGUUGACGCAGUCGGCGACAAGAUGACGGUGCUUUUCGAUUCUGGGAUUCGGACAGGAUCGGAUGUUAUCAAGGCCCUGUGUUUGGGAGCUAAAGCAGUUAUGGUUGGUCGGCCUGUGAUUUACGGGUUGAGCAUCCAGGGCCGAGACGGAGCCAGACAGGUGCUCAGGGGACUUUUGGCCGAUCUGUGGCAGAAUAUGGGCCUAUCGGGGAUUCGUAGGGUGGAGGAUUACCUCUUCCACAUGUUUGCAAAAUUCAAGAAUGACCGGGCAGAACCCGAAGAAGCUAAUAACGUUGCGAUGAAGCUGGACUAUGCGCAUGCUCACGUACCGGCCUCAGGAUCAACUCUACUCCCACGACCAGUCGCGUCGUUGAUAUCUUUGAUUACCCAGUCGACAUCGCUAUCAUUGCGACUGGGCACAUUCUUCGGCGGGGCUGCCCUGGAUGGUGCGCGAGCCACGACUCUGACCAGCUUGGAACUCAGCCGGGCUUUGGUCGAGGGGAUCUUGACGAGGGCGGGACGAGAUAUCGCUAUUCGCAGUGGAGAUGAACAUGGCAGGACAGAGGCGGAGUCUCUGCUUGAACGAAGUUUGGCGACACUCCACACGACGGUGACCUCGGCAUCUUUUUUUGCUGCAGCGACAUUUCAUUUUUCGUCGACUACGUUGUCUUCAAUCUCGAACCUCUCGCAGGCACUUUUAUCUACUUUGGAUGCCAUUCUUGGGUCUACCGAGUCUUCAAGAGCCAUUGCAGCUAUUAUCACGCUCAUUCGGCGCGAGUUUAGAUCCCUGGAACCCGGUGCAAAUGCUGAGAAUAUUGGUGUUGGAGAUCUGCUCAUUGGCUCUCUAGGAUUUGCGCUAUUGCAGCGUUGGGGUAGAAAGAAUACAGAAAGACAUCUGCACCUGAAUGGCGGAGAUGAGAUUGUUUGGGACGUUGUCAUCCUAGACAAUGGUGCAAGAGCAGACGUCGUCGGAUCCCAUCAACUGCAAUUCACUGAUCGUGGUAAUGAUGAAGUUGUGGAGCCUGGCAGUGCUUCCUUUGUGGUAUCAGGGAAUGGCGAGGAAUCGUUUGAUGCGGUCCGACGGUCAAGUAUCAAUGAUUCAUUGGGACGUCGCUUGUCUAUUCCGUUGGAUGGUCAGCAGCAAGUUUCGGAUGAGGAUAUCCGUGCUUAUAUCAUGAGUCAACUCCCUCAGGGCUGCCAUGCAUCCAUUAGAUCAGAAGCACUGACGGCGCGAACGAUCACGGUCGAUAUCUACGAUGACGAUACGGCAGAGAUUGCCCCGCCGCCUGGAACGAAGAUGAUUGAGGAGAGAUUCCACCAUGAUCAUGAUGACGAUGAUACAAGUAUGGUCGAUGGCCAUCGACGGUUUCCGAAACAUACCAUGGUGUUUAGAACAGCCUUCAACAAAUCUCAGAGCACUCAGCUGCGACCCCAUGACGGUUCUGGAAUCGUCACCCAGCCUGAACCUGAUCAUCCUAAACGCAAAUUACUAGACAGUCCGUUGUUUAAUAGUCCUGUGAAAGCUCAUCAUGAUAGACCGCACUCACACACUGAUACUACACAUGACAACUCUUCCAAGCGCCAUGGAACAACUACUGGCUCGCCAAAUGAGCAUACCAAGUCUGCACUUACUAAAGGCGCAUUCACGAAACUUGCACAGAAGGUAAAGCCUGCGGCUCUGGAAAGAAAUGAAGCGAAACAGCCACCACCACAAAAGCCAUCUAUAAAUUCACCUGGAUCAUCAGGGAUUUCUGUUCCCCGUCUUCCUCUGAGACCUACGAAAGGAACAGCUUCUGUGAAGGAAGCUACCGUGAGAGAGGCCUUCAGCAGACCUGAUUUUAAGAAGAGACAAACCGAGCCAGUGAACUACCGACCAACAACUCCUGUACCAAACCGAGGCUUGCGGAGGUCACCUUUCCCAAACUCACCCCAAGGACCCUCGCCAAAAUCGCAAGUCAAACACGCCCCAUCUCUUGAAUUAUAUGGCUCAAGGAGUCCACGAGGUGGCCAUUUUGCGGUGCGAGAGAAGAGCCAAGAGUCGCUUCUCACCCAAACCGACACAUUCCUCUCACGCCGUGGUGCUAGCACACGCCCUGGAUCUCCUACGGCGGUCCGGACCCGUGUUCGAAGCAGCAGCUCCAUGUCUGUAACAAGAUCGGAAACAGAUGGCGCAAUGUCUGCAAAUGAUAUUGAUAACCGCCCCGGCUCGUCAGGCCUGCAUUGCAGAUCUCAGUCAUAUACCCCCAGCAUGUAUUCGCUGGCAACUGCAGGCUCAGAGACAUCGCUACUACUUGCACACCGGCCUCGUAAAAGCGCAUAUGAAGACAUGGAAACCAUUCAAGCGCUCAAUCGCGAUGGUUUUGUGCCGGGUAUCUUUCCCGAAAGACACUUUGUGCAAAAUAUCCGUCGAUUCUGUCGAUUUUCCUCUGCUUCAUAUGGUUCGAAUGCGCUCAAAUUCAUGGGUGUACCCAGAGACUCAAAGAGUCUACCAAGUACGAAGUCAGAUGGACAUGAGCACAGUGCCUUCUCAGAGAACGCCGGUCUCCCACCCUCGACAAUCCUUCUCUCCUCCUUUGUUGACCCGGCUGGUGGCUCAAACUCAGCCGGCGAGACAGCGACAGGCUUCCCCCUAGUCCACUAUCUUUCCAUCGACCAUGACUCCAAAGCCGUAGUCCUAACUCUACGAGGAACCUGGGGCUUCGAAGACAUCCUCACCGACAUGACCUGCGAUUACGAUGAGCUCGAAUGGCAAGGCAAAAACUGGAAAGUGCACAAAGGCAUGCACGCCUCCGCCAAACGACUCCUAGAAGGCGGCGGCGGCCGAGUCAUGAUCACCCUCCGCGCCACCUUAGAAGAGUUCCCAGACUACGGGAUAGUCCUAUGCGGACACUCCCUCGGCGGAGGCGUCGCCGCUCUCCUAGCAACAAUGAUCUCAGAACCCAGCCCAUCACCAACAGGCACAUCAUUCGUAACAGCCUCAUACCAACCCGCCACCCGUCCCCGUCUGUUGACCACAAAGCCCAGCUCCAGCACCCCAACCUCAAUCCCACAAACCUACACAAUCCCCGCAAAUCGCCCAAUCCACGUCUACGCCUACGGGCCCCCAGCCGUGAUGUCCCCCUUCCUCCGCCUCGCAACCAGAGGCCUGAUCACAACCAUCGUCAACGGCUCCGACAUCGUCCCCAGUCUAUCCCUAGGCAUCCUCCACGACAUGCACACAGCUUCCCUAUCAUUCAAAGAAGACGCCACAGGCGCCAAAACACACAUCCGCCAACGCCUCCGCGACUCGCUCCGCCAAAGCAUCAUCCACAAAUUCUACGUCAACCAGCCCCCGCUAGUCGUCAACGCGGGCGACGGCGUCGGCGAAGACGCCUGGGCCUGGAAGACGCUGCUAUUGCUCCGGGAGGAGAUGCGCGCGCCGAAGCUCAUGCCGCCCGGCGAGGUGUUUGUCGUUGAGACGAUGCGGGUGCUGCAGCGGGAUGCGUUCACGGCGCCGGAUUUGGGCGCUGAUGGGUAUCCGCGUCUUGGGAGGCCAGCGACUCGUGUGCAGAUUCGGUUUAUUCGGGAUGUUGAUGGUUGGUUUGGGGAGUUGCGGUUUGCGGGGGGAUGUUGA